AUGUCGUCCUUCUCGCGCAACCUCCUGCGCACCGCGGGCAAGGCCAAGAGCCUCCCCGCCUACUCGCGCAACGCCAUCCCCUCGUCGUCGCGCUUCGUCCAGCUCACUGCAGAGGCGUCGCGUCCGCAGCAGGAAUUGCCCGAAUCCAAGACGGAAAAGUUCACAGUCGACCUUAACGCGGACUCGUUCAAAGGCUACAAGCUCGAAGUGCCCAAGCUCGAGUGGGAGACAUCCAAAGAUGAGCUCGUUCAUCUGUACUCGGAGAUGGUGAAAAUGCGAAGGAUGGAGAUGGCUGCUGACCAGCUGUACAAGCAGAAGCUCAUCCGAGGCUUUUGCCACUUGGCCAUCGGUCAGGAAGCCGUCGCUGUGGGCAUGGAGGCCGGUAUGAAGCCUUCGGACAAGCUCAUCACUGCUUACCGCUGCCAUCCGUUCACCGUGCAGAAGGGUGGCUCGAUCAAGAGUGUCAUCGCCGAGCUGUUCGGUCGCCAGGAUGGUAUCUCCAAGGGCAAGGGUGGCUCGAUGCACAUGUUUACCCCCACGUUCUUUGGUGGUAACGGUAUCGUCGGUGCUCAGGUACCCGUCGGCGCUGGUAUCGCGUUCGCUCAGCAGUACAUGAACACCAACGACGCCACUUUCGCCAUGUACGGCGACGGCGCUUCCAACCAGGGUCAGGUCUUUGAGGCGUACAACAUGGCCAAGCUUUGGAACUUGCCGUGUGUCUUUGUUUGCGAGAACAACAAAUACGGUAUGGGCACUUCGGCGGAACGCUCGUCGAUGAACACGCAGUACUACACACGUGGUGAUGUGAUCCCCGGUAUCCAGGUCAACGCCAUGGACGUCUUGGCUGUUGCGGCUGCUACCAAGCAUGCAUCGGGCUACACGCUCGGUGGCAACGGACCUCUGCUCAUGGAGUUGGUCACCUACCGAUACGGCGGCCACUCUCUCUCGGACCCCGGUACCACCUACCGUACGCGUGAUGAGAUUCAAACCAUGCGUUCGUCGUCCGACCCGAUCCAGGGCCUCAAGGCGCGCAUGCUCGAUUGGGGCGUUGUCGAGGAGGCCGAACUCAAGCGAAUCGACAAGGCCGCCAAGGAAGAGGUCGACCAAGCCGUCGAAGAGGCAAAGCAGAGUCCACAGCCAAGCGAGCACUCGCUCUGGACUGACAUCUACUACCCAGGCACCGAGCCUGACUGGAUGCGUGGCAGGGACCGCACCGAGAUCCACCGAUACCGUUAA